GCGGUUCACGUACUCUUUUAGGAAUUAGGUAAUUUUUAAUUCAUAAACGGUUCGGAGAUCGUAGUUUGGUUAGGGUGAUCUUUCGUCUAAAAUCUUCGGGGAUUCAAGACGUUAAAGCAAGCCCUGAAGAACAGUCAGUAUUUUAACGAAGCGGACCGCUGACCAACUAAAAUGACACGAGCAACGCUACUGUUGUGCUUCACGUUAUUUGUGCUGACGCACGCGGCGCCCGAGCCGAGCAAACGCGGCUGUUGCGCUCCAGGCCCCGAAUGUGACAAUCCAUGCCCGGAUCAACAGGAUUCAGCCCCUGAUCCUCAGGAGCAAGCCCCACCUAUGGCUGGAUACGCUCCUGCUGCUGAGGGCCAACAGUUCAUGCCCGCGCCAGAAGAGCAACAGCAGUUCAUGCCAGCACCAGACCAACAAGCACCACAAAUGGAUCAACCAAUGGAUCAACCAAUGGAUCAACAGCAAAGCGAUUGUUGCCAGCCUGGACCCACAUGCUUCAACUUCUUCGCCCCUCCUCCACCCCCACCUGCAGCAGGUACCUGUUGUCCACCAGGUCCCACAUGCAACAAUCCUUGUGCAAUCCCCCCACCCAUGCCUGAUAUGGGAAUGGCAGGAUGUUGCGACCCGUCCGUCAUGCCAAUGUGCGCAAACCCCUGUCCACCCCAGCAUCCUCCCAGAACUGCCUAUGCACCCUACCCAGGUGAAAUUACAAUGAAACUCAAGCAGCCAUGGAAGUCAGAAUUCACCGAUCACGCAUCUGCUGCUUAUCAGAUUCUAGCGGGAAAUCUCGCCACUGCCAUUAAAACCGCUUUACGUAGAGAAGCCUUUGUCAACAAUAUCUAUUUCAGGGAAGGUUACGUGCCCGGAAACCCUUCAACUCAACCAAUCACAAUUGCACAUUUUAUGGUGGACGGCGGAUCAGAUGAUGCGUCACUUCUUCAACAACAAGUAACUCCUGACGAGUCUCUUGGAGACGGACUUAAAGUUUACAAGGAUUCAUUCAACGCGUACUAGAAAACAAACACGACAACAAGUACACGACUUGCAGGACAAACGACAGAACUACAGACCGUUAUGGUGUGGGACACUACACUGCCUUGUACAUAGAGUCCAAAUCGACUGACACCUUUUCUAGGUUUCAAAGUUUAUUUUGAUGUCGAAAUGUGAAUUUGUUGAUUUUUUGCGCUGAUGGACGCAUGCAUGAUGGAGACAGUUCAUGCUCAAUACAUAUCUAGCAAAAUGAACCGUGUAAAGGCUACAGCAAGUAGUUUAAGACACUUCAGUAUUGACGUGUGAACAAAGGGAUGGAUCUUAAUACGUUGUACAAAAGCAUCUUUACCUUCACAAGUAUAUAUUCUCGAUUAUUCGCGUCUUCGAUGAGAUAGAAACUCAAUUCAGGCGUAGUAAUUGUGAAAAUAAAUCAUUGCUAUAAAUUAAAUAUAAAAAUUCUUAACGAAAAGCGGACAAUGUUUGCGUCGUCGGGGAUUUCCAAUGACUACUUUGAUUUUAUUCUGUUAUGGAAAUGUUAAAUGAUGGAGAACUGUAUUUCAGAUUUGGGCAUGGCUUUGUGGACCAAACAAUUGUUCAAUGCGUGGAGCAUUUUGACCAUCAGACGGUCUCCUUCUGAAGCCAUGACCCAUCUUAAUUAGGUACUUGCUAUUGGAAAUGAUAAUUUGAUACCGAGUCGUGACAAAUUCGUGUAUGAAUAAAGUUUUAGCUUUAA